GAUGAGAUUUCAGAUGAGAUCAAAUCACCAUUCCUCAAUUAUUCACAAAUGCACUAAAAUUGCCUUGUCUUCUCUCUGACUACAUCUCUUCUUCCAAAAUUUAAUUUUGCUCCCUGUGAAAAAAAGAAAAUGAAUCCUUUUCCUCCGGUGUUUUCCACAGUUUUUUACAGUAAUGAUGUGCAGAGCGGAGAGCACAAUUUUUCGCUGCCUCAAUUCUGUCUUAGCGAUGGAAAAAUUGGGUUUGAUUUUACGCAGCAGAAUACUUCUGCCAAAUUUAGUGACGAUGGAAAGCAGUGGAAAAGACGAGGAGGUGUGGAUAAGAAAUUGCUCCACAAAGUGAUAGAAAAAGAGAGGAGGAAACAAAUGAAAUCCCGCUAUUCUGAUCUGAGAUCUAUAAUACCAGAAGAAAAUUUUAGGGGCAAGACUUCUAUUACUGAUCAGCUAUCUGUAGCCACUGACUAUAUUCGCCAUAUGGAGCAGAAGGUGGAGGAACUUGCCAAGAAAAGAGACAAGAUGAAGAUGAAUGAAAUGCAAGAUUGUUAUAAAGAGGACAAAGAUACAUCAUUAUUGGAGUGUAAGGCAUUUCCUCAAGUGAAUGUAAAUCAUGUGGGUUCCCUUGUACUUGUCACAACAAGUUCUUUGAGAGGGGAUAUGGCUCUCUCUAGGCUUCUGCUUGCACUUGAAGAGGAAGGGCUUCAUAUAAUUUCUGCCUCCUCUUUCACCCCUGAUGACAAAGUUUUCCAUAGUCUUCAAUGCAAGGUGUUUGAUAAGCAGAAGUUCACAAGCGCCGCCAAACUUGAGCAGAGACUUCGGCAGUUAAUGGAGUAAAACCUCAAUGGAGAUGUGUAGAAAUCUAUACUUCAAUGCCUGGUACUGCAUUUCAUUGUAAUCCUGCUUUUAAGUUUUAUUAGGUUAGAGAAAGUCCAAACAUUUAGACUAUCUAAACAGACUUAUGCUGAAGCAAUAUUGUGUAGAAAUUUUAAAAUUGAAAAGGAAACUUGUAUAGAUUGAUGCACUUCAAGAUAGCUGCACUGUAGUAGAACACUAAUAAUUUUACAAUUUUUUAUGCAAC